AGGGUUUUUACUACAGAAACCUAGUCCAUUUUUAUUGAUACACAUAAGGACUUGAUAGAGUUCGUAAUUGAUUUAUUAGUCAUUGAUCAUGAACGGAAUUGUUUCCGAUGACGACGAUUUCAAGAUUCCUAAGGACAUCAAAUGUCCUUGUAUUGCACAACUUCAAGAAAGCUCUUGUAAAAGUGAGUUUCUUACUUCUUUUCGGUGUUAUUUAGAGAAUCGUAUUGAAGGGAAAGGACUUUGUAAGUGUCAGUUAUUUGGUUGUUUCAGCAGUUCUUCACUGAGUGCUGGAUGGUUAGUUAUAUGCAAACCAGAAUUCGAUAGGAUGGAGUCCUGUAUGCGAAAGCAUCCGGAAGAAUUCGGUGACGAAGACAUCAAGAUGUUUGAAGAAACCGUUCGUUCAGGUUUCAAGUUUAGGGACUUCCUAGGUUUUUCCAGAAGCCUACGAAAACAGAACAAAAAUGAGUAACCCUUUUUUGCUGCCUAAAGACA